AUGGUGAUGGAGUCGGCGCAGCACAACGGGCGUUUCUGGCCCUUAUCGCCUCGUCUGUGGCGUCGGAGUAACGAGUACUCAAAAGUAGUUUUCGAACCUCGACGACCGCCUACAUCGCCGAUCGAGAUAAGAAAAAACAGAAUAGAUCUGACACCGGACCUGUUGCGCUCUAGAAGUUUCAUCAAAGACAAACUGGAUCAUUUAAACCUCGAAGAGGUGGAGUAUGAAGAUAGUCGAAUCGACGAGAAAAACCGAUGGAGUAUCGAGACAAAAAAACCUCCAAUUAAAGAAACGAAAAAGAAUGAAGAAGUUGUCAAACUGAGGGCAAAGAAGCAAAGGCACCCUCGUCCAAACAGCUUGCAGUUGUUACUCUGCCCAUCAAGCUCCGGUCAUUACAGCAGCAACACUUGGAGAUACACCAGAGUACGUUCAAAAAGCCAUGAGCCGGAGGGCGGCGGGCGGUGCGGCGAGGGCCCGCUAGCGCGCGCGAUGCAGCCCGCGCCGCCGGGCGGCUCGCCCAAGCGCCAAGCUGCGUCUACACCGGCACACGGCGCAGCGGGCGACCAAUCCACGCUCAAAGUCCACUUGCCCAAUGGUGGGUUUAACGUGGUCAGAACCUCUCCGGACGAGGAUGUGCGCUCAGUACUUCGGCUCCUCGCGGCCAGGCUUGCCACUGGUGAGCGGGUGUAUGCCUCGUGCUACGCGUUGAGAGCUAGAAGGCUCACAACUGGAAAGAUUCGAUGGAUCCAUCAGGACACGCCGGUGUCGGAGCUGAUAACGCGGUGGCCGGCCAGCGAGUGGCGCCUGGAACUGCGGGUGCGCUACCUGCCCGCCAACCUGCGCGAUCUCUGCGAUGCGGACCGGGUCACAUUCCACUAUUACUACGACCAGGUGCGACAUGACUACCUCAACGCCAAUCAUCCCAUGGUGGACCAGGAUUUGGCGAUACAAAUAUGUUGUUUAGAAAUAAAAUACUUCUGCAAGGACAUGCAGAUAUCUCUGGACAAGAAGUCGAACAUAGAGUACUUGGAGAAGGAGUUCGGUCUGCACAAGUUCCUACCUAAAUCAGUAAUCGAAGCGAUCAAACCCAAAGUUCUCAAGAAAGCGAUACAGCAACAAUACAAAAAGGUGGCAAAUAUAAGCGACGUCGAAUGCAUGCUCCGCUACGUGGAAACGAUGCACACGCAUUACGGGUACGAUCGUGAAACGUUCACGGCGGCGCUCGGCGGCGGCUGGGCCAUACCAGUUGAGCUGGCUAUUGGGCCCGAUAUAGAUAUAUCGUAUGUCUCACACAAAGCCGGCGAGCCGCCAACGUACACGAAAAUUGCCUCGUUCAGCGACAUUGUCGCGUUGCAGACGCUCAAAUCUAACUGCACGCAGCAGUCGCAGACACAGAGUGGAUCUUGCGGAAAAGCAGCGCUCCAGUUGCGAGUGAAAGGUGCCACGGAAACGCUCACGAUCACUUGCAGCAGUGUGGAGGCUGCAGAAAGCUUAGCGGACUUGGUGGACGGCUAUUGCAGACUAGUGACAGACUCGCAAACUUCGCUUUGGAACAGAACUACAACCGUAUGGAAACAACUGAAUUGUCAGUGUAAAACGGAAAUGAGCAGCAGUUCUUCAGAAGGCAAGACAAGUUCUUGGGAGGCGAACACAGCUACAAUACUAUCGGAGGACUACGCGGAAAUUGUUGACGAUGACGCUGAUUACUCCACUCCCGCAGUGCGCGACUACGAACUGGUUCGUAAUCAAAUCGAGCUCACUGGUAUCAUAGGAGAGGGGCAGUUUGGUGACGUUCAUAAAGGUACAUGUCGCGUGACGUCAGCCAACCACCCGUCGCUUCGACGACAGCUAGCUCUACAGAAACAAGAAGGUCGAAGUGUGGGCGGUGAGUUCGUAUUACAUGUCGCCGUGAAAACUUGCAAGAUGGACGCCGACUUGGAUACGGCGGAAAAGUUUUUGGAAGAGGCUUACAUCAUGCAACAGUUUUCACAUCCGCACAUUAUUGGCCUGGUGGGGGUGUGUAGCUCCCCUCCUAUCUGGAUCGUCAUGGAGCUCGCCACACUAGGGGAGAUGCGUGCAUACCUACAACAAAAUGCGCAUAGGUUGGAGACAUGUACAUUAGUUCUGUACAUCUACCAGCUCUCGACCGCGCUCAGUUACUUGGAGAGUAAAAAGUUCGUUCACAGAGACAUCGCCGCUCGGAACGUGCUCGUAUCCACUGCGACUUGUGUUAAGUUGGCAGAUUUCGGUCUAUCGAAACGAGUGGACGACAAGUCGUACUACAAAGCGUCCCGCGGCAAGUUGCCCAUCAAGUGGAUGGCGCCCGAGUCAAUCAACUUUAGGCGGUUUACAUCUGCCUCAGAUGUUUGGAUGUUUGGCGUGUGCAUGUGGGAGAUCCUGAUGCUGGGCGUGAAGCCGUUCAGCGGCGUGAAGAACAACGACGUGAUCGGCAAGCUGGAGAACGGCGAGCGGCUGGCGCUGCCGGCGCGCUGCCCGCCGCGCCUGUACUCCGUCAUGUCGCGCUGCUGGGCCUACGAGCCCUCGCAGCGCCCCACCGCGCACUGCCUCAAGGAGACGCUCUUUGAGAUCCUGCAGGAGGAGCGCAGCAGCGCGUGGGACACGAUGCGGCGCGAGAACCGGCGCGUGGCCGCCGCCUCCUGGGGCGACGAGCCGCCGCCCAAGCCCGAGCGCCCGCCCGCCAACCUGGCGCCAGCACUAGAUGCGACGUCGAUGCAAGCAGCCGGCGCAGCCCCACAGACGUACAUCGUGGCGCAAAACCCGCUCGUUUUGGCCCACUUACUGAGAGAGAAUCAAACCCGCGCCAUCGACCCACAGGCCUACAACACACCAGCAUCGAGUCCAGAAUUCGAUACGGAGCAAGCGGUAGAGAAGAGGUUGUUGGCUGAAUUGGCUCGACAGCAGCAUCAGAGCGAAGAAGAUAGUAGGUGGCUUCAAAUGCAAGAGGAUAAUUUGAAACGGCUAUCAAACGUUCAAGUGGCGACAGAAUGUGAGCAGAGCACGGAACAGAAAUCGAUGGAACCUCAGAGUACAAGUGGUCAUGAAACUUGGACUAGUCAACCCCACUCAGGUGCAAAUUCCUCAGAGACAAGCCCGGCGAAUACUGUCAAAUCUAACGAAAAACCAAGCGAAGAAAAAGGCGCGGGCGAGCCCGUGUACAUGGCGACGACGCGCGUGGUGCGCGCGGUGAUGCGGCUGGCGCGCUCGCGCGGCGCCGCGCCCGACGCGCUGCUGGCCGGCGUGCGCGCCGUCGGGCACGAGCUGCGCGCGCUCUGCGCCACCGUCGACCUGCUCGUGCUGCCCUACCCGCCCGCCGCGCAGAGGGAGGUUGAAAUGGCGCAUCAGGUGCUGAGUAAAGAUAUGGCGGCGCUUGUAGAAGCCAUGCGGCUUGCCAUACAGUACUCCAACACUACGCUGCAGCAUGAGUACACCAAGAGCAUGCUAGCAGCAGCGCACGUACUAGCGAUGGACGCCAAAAACCUUCUUGAUGUAGUGGAUUGUAUUCGCGAGCGACAUCCCAACGUUGAUUGGCGAGCUGCCCUCGAACCUGACCCUGGGAAACCAUCAGAACCUACAUCAGCCCAACCCUCCAUACCACAUAAUCAAACCCUUACCUCACAAAACCAGGUCUUCGCCGCCCAGUGCCAAACAUUCACGCCACAGAACCCAUCACUCAGCACCCAAUCCUCCGUUCAAGAAGAAGACGCGCCACCACCAAAACCAGACUUUAAAAUCAACCAACCGGUCACGACCAUACAAGUGACUCCAACGGAUCACCUCACUAAGGAGCACAACAGCCUCCCAGCCCCGUCCAACAGAGUGUCCACAUUAAUUCACAACUACAAUCUCUAUGGGAACGUAAGGGAGCCGCAGCAUAUAUACGGCAACACUGAGGUCGGAGGCUCGUUUCAGCAUUCGACAUCGUGCGACGACUCCAAAAUCGAUUUAGCCCCAUUGGAGUCCGUAAAGAGUCGCGUGCAAGCGAUAUCGGGCAAAAUUGAAACCCCGCCAAUUUAUUCCAUGAGCAAAAAAAUGAUCCCGAUCGACCAAGCUAUCGGGCACACCGAUCAGGGAUGA